AGCGCCAACAGCUAUACAUGAUUACGUGACGUCAUCAGACGUGAUCGCGUAUAGAGCGAGAAAACGAAUCAAGGAUCACGGUGCGCAAUAUAAUACUCUUAUUUCCUACGCAUUACGCAUGUGCCAUUGCUGUCGGUGUACGUGAGAAUCGAAGAGAAAUUCGAGAAGGGGUUUACGUAGGGGGAAGAAAAAGCGGAACGGAGCACGGUGGAAGACGCAUUUCCGCCGUUUCUGGCGCACGGAGAACCCGUUCAUCUAAUUGUAAAAUUGGAACGGAUGCCUUUUGGCCUUUUGGGGAAACGUCCCGAUUGGCCACCUCCCGCUAUGCUUCUUUAGCAACCCUUAGCGGUUGCCUCGGGACCUCGGCGACUUGUCGGCAAGUGUCCUUAUCCAAACGCUAUGGUGUUGAAUAAUAAGUGAGAUAAUCUCGAAGAAGUAUCGUCGCUGAGAUCAGAGAGGCCAAAACGAUCGACAUGGGCCUCAAGGACUUUCGAAUAGAGUUUGAUAAUCAAUGGAGCACAUAUUACCCUGGGCAAACAAUGGCAGGUAACAUCGUCGUUGACCUGGACAGCACGAAGAAGAUUCGUGGUAUAAGUGUGAAAAUAAAAGGUGAGGCCAAUACCUGUUGGGCAGCAGUGAAAGAAGAAAUUGAUGAGAAAGGACAAUAUCAGGAUGAGACUGUCACAGCUCACGAAGAUUAUUUCGAAACGAAAUAUUACUUGGUUGGAUCAGCCUCGGGUGGCGAAAUUGAAAUACAAUCAGGAGAACAUAAAUUUCCAUUUACUUGUUCCCUGCCGACGAACUUGCCGAGUAGUUUCGAAUCGGACUUUGGACACGUUCGUUAUACCGUGAAAGCUACACUGGAUCGGCCUUGGAAGUUCGAUCAAGACGUCAAGAGUCCUUUCACAAUCGUCGCUCCUUUGGAUUUGAAUCAAGAACCUAGAGCAGCUGAAUCUGUUGAGCAAGAAAUGAGUAAAACGUUUGGUUGCUUAUGUUGCGGUUCGCCACCUUUGACCGUAAACUUUUCACUACCGACUCGAGGAUACGUGCCCGGACAAUCCAUGCCAAUCAAGAUAAACGUAGAGAAUUUAUCGAACGUCGUUGUGAACACCAUCAGACUCAUGCUGUGUAAGAUUGUAAUUUUCCGUGCUACCACGCCACGCACGGACACUAAAACGGAAGAAAUUGUGGUAACGGAGAUCAGCAAAGGACCGAUCGAGGCUCGUGGAACCGCUGAUUACGAGCAGCAUCUCGACAUUCCGCCUCUUCCACCAUCGAAUCUCGCUAAUUGCCGCAUCAUCGAUCUUGAAUAUAAUUUGAAGGUGGAAGCAUGCGUUGAAGGAUGGUAUCAUCGGAAUCUGUUGGCCAAUACGCUUGUCUUUGUGGGAACGGUUCCGCUUACGGUUUAUCAUACCCCGAGUGCUCCACCGGCGGGAAUGGACGGUGAUUACGCCGAACGGAAACCACCGGCAGUUGGUUUUGUUAUACCUUCGGCGAAUACUGCACUGCUUCCGUUACCCGAGUCUAAUUUGUAUCCAAACUUACCUCCACCGUCCUUCGAGGAAUCGUCACGUGGCGCUAAAAAUCUUCGCGAGCGCGGUGAAUCUGAGCACGUUUACGGCCUAGCUAAUCAUUUUGCACCAAGAUAUCCGGUAUACAAUUUUACAAGUAUACAACCUACGGAGUAGUGAGAAAAGGAGAAUUGCGGUGAGAUUAAAUUUUUCAAAAUUAUUCAAACGCGUACUUUGCUUUUCUGGCGAUAUACAUUUUGACGUAUAUACACAAAUUGCUGAGUACUCAACUCGAAAUAGUCGCUUACGCUCAGUGUUUGGGAUACGCGUGAAUUAUAAAACGCACAAUUUUUAGUAUACAUAAUAAAACGAAGAAAUAAAAGCGCUUCUAGUAUGGAAAUUUAUAUAGGGUAAGGUGGGGCAAAGGUCCGCAAAAAUCACAAAUUUUGUUUUUCAGUCUUUGGUUAUAUAAAAGUAAACAAACUUUAAAUGACUGGGCGAAGAUCAAUAUCUGAGCCAACUAACAUAGCAGUAUCAGUUCAUUUACCACUUAACUAAAGAUGAUGAAACCCAUUUUUAGACCCCUACACCUGCGGACGUUUGCCCCUCUUUUUGGGGCAAAGAUCCGCACAUGCGGACUUUUGCUCCUCGGUAAAAAAACAAUUAGGUAUUUGUAUGGUGAACGUCUUUCAUCCAAGAAUGUUUGGAUAUUGAUCAAAGUUAUUGGGAAAAGUUAACAUCCCCUGAAAGCGACCAGAGCUCCCCAAAAUUGGCUGAGACAGUCUUUUGACGACAUCACUGCAGGAAAUUGUAUUUUCCUCGCUCGUUUCAGAAAAUUUCGGUUGUAGCUCGGGUGUAAAGGGCUUUACUUCGGUUUUCUUUUUGUAAGUCCUAAAAACAAAACUAUACCCUAUGCUACAUAAAUAUUAAACACUGGGGGGGCAAAGAUCCGCAUGUGGCCCUUUGCCUCAUUGGCACUGCGGAUCUUUACCCCAUUUUUUAACGUGACACUAUAAUGACAAGAUGGAGUUCAAGCUUGGAGUAACAUUAAACAUCUGUUUGUUGCGGCUAGCUCUGAUCCUUAUCAGAUAUGCAAAUUGAUAUGGGGGUUCGGAAGAAGUGUGAAAAAUUAUAAUUUGCAGUCAAAGCUAUGAGAAUAUUACAUUUAAAGUGACAAAAACAGUUCUUACCUCAUGAUUAGCAAAUCGCGCGAUGUAAUCGCAAAAUUUUUUGAUGUUAGGUUGGCACCACCUGUACCAACAUGAAAUUAGCUCCUAAUCGCGUCAAAGUUUGUCGCGAUUUUUAAAAAGCGCCUGCGGAUCUUUACCCCGUGCGGAUCUUUGCCCCACUUUACCCUACAUCUAGCAUUUGUGGAGGAAUUACGAAUCUACAUCCAUGACAUUACAGUAUAUAUUUAUAGAAAAAUAUACUCGUACAAAUAUAUACAUAUGUAUUUUGUAAGUAUAUUCUCUCUAUACAAAUGCGAUGUGUUAGUCAAAUGACUGAUUAAAUACAUGUGUACAUUAUAUAAUAGCAUAUUUGCGAGCAGAAAAUACAUUUUAAUAUAUUAACACGGAGAAGGGAAUAUUUUAGUAAUAAUUCCUUUUCGAUAAAGAGAUUUUUUACUUGUACAAGUUGAAGGAAAUAUUUUGUGGCUAGCUUGUAGAAACAGUCCUGACAAAAAUCAUGCAUUUUUAUUAAAGUGAUUUUUCUGUAUUGUUAUUCAAUAUGUAAAGUUGUACGAUAGGAUUAUCGUGAAAAGUGUGAAAUGCUGCGAGACGUUUCAUACUUUGUCCCGAUACAUUGAAAUACAAACAAAAGAAUACGUCGUAAGGUA